UGCGGGCACAGAGUGGGGGCAAGAAGAAGGGACGUCGCCAAGAGCAAUGGCUGUCAGCCAGAGUCAAAUGACCACCACGGUUGACUCUAUCCGAAUAAAUGAGCUGAACAUGACGGAAACAGAUGCCAUCCCUGGGAGCGAAGUGAUGGGUCCGGAAGAAAAGUACAAAAUGAACCACAAGAAGCGAGGACUCGCUUUGAUCUUCAACCACGAUCGGUUCGACAGUCUCCUGGGCCUGCGUGACCGCCAGGGCACCUGCGUAGACCGGGAAAAUCUCUGUUGCAGGUUUCAGGAUCUAGGUUUCGAGGUGAAAUGCUACAACAACCUCAGAGCGAAAGAUGUACUACACAAGAUGUAUAAAGCGUCAAUCGCCAGCCACAUGGAUGCCGACUGCUUUCUCUGUGUUUUCCUGACCCACGGCGAUGGCAAUCACAUUUUUGCCCAGGACGCUAGGGUGGAAAUUUCCAAGCUGACGGACUUCUUCAGAGGCGACAGGUGUAAGAGCCUGGUGGGCAAGCCCAAGAUCUUCAUCAUUCAGGCAUGUCGCGGUGACAAGCUCGAAGAGCCUGCCCAGCCCAAGGAGGAGGUGGAUGCGACCCGCCUGCCUGACAGCAAGGAGACCCAGGUGGACGUGGCGUCUGUGUACACGCUUCCUGCCGGGGCCGACUUCCUCAUGUGCUACUCGGUGGCCGAAGGUUAUGUGUCAUACCGGGAUACUCAGGAUGGCUCGUGGUACAUCCAGGAUCUGUGUGAGGUGCUGGGGACGUACGGCACGACCCUGGAGAUCACGGAGCUGCUCACGCUGGUCAACAAGAAAGUGUCCCGGCGCCGAGUGGACAUCCUGGACAUCAGCAAGAAAAGGGGCGCCAAGAGCAAGAUGCAGAUCCCCUGCUUCGCCUCCAUGCUCACCAAGAAGCUGUGCUUCCUGCCCAAGCCCCAGUGAGCCGCGGCUUCAUUCUCUGUGUCUGUCUGCAGAAUGACUCCUCAUUCAUCUCUUGCAUACACGAGGGCCAAUCGCAUG